AUGGCGAGACCAGGUCAUGAAGGUACCGGGACGGUGCCUGAUGCGACAGUACGAGAAGACGUUGAGACGGGUGUCUCCGAUAGGCGUCUUACUGUCGACUUCGGAGAUAUGGAGUUGACCGACCAGCUUAGAGGAGCUGGGCAGACCGGUGCUCUAGAUCGAGAAGCCUUUUUGCGGUUGUGUGUUGAGCAACCUGACGCGUUAUUUGACGGUCUGUAUGAUCACCUGACGCGACUCGAGAGACAGGCCGAGAAGGCUGCGGAACGGAACCUCGAGGACGACGACCUCCAAGAAGAACGCGCGGAGGAGAUUACACAGUUGAAGGAACGUGUGAAGCAUCAGCGUGAUGCGAUGGCUGAGCUGAUUCAAGAACGCGACGAAGCACGUGAACAGCUUGAGCGAGAAGGAACGCCUGUCAACGCGUCUCCUAUCACUAAGAAGAGCACCAAAUUGCCAGAUGGGCAGCACCUGAUGGAUGGAACCGAUCCCCAGUUCGAAUCAUAG